UCUCAAGAUAAAUAGCUGGAGCAUCUGGAUUGUUGCUGGUGCUGUAUACGUAAUACUCUCAGUCUAAAUGAACAUAUAGGCUUCGAUGCUUCAUGAAUAGACCGACUGGAAAGUAGUAGAAGGGCAACCGGGAUAUAUGAAGCAAAUUAAAAUGAAUGUUGACAAGGAAGGCAUCUGCAGCUUAUACGUGCAGAACUCAUCUCUCGGCAUUUUCGGGGCUAUGAGCUCGUCUGCAAGCCUACGUGGUCUUCCAGAAUGUCUCCCAUCUCUGGAGACAGCCUUCGGGUAAAAGAGGAGAGGCUGAAAGAUAUAGGAUUAAGUGAAAAUCUCAAGGAACGAAGUGAGAUUUCUGAGCCGGCCAUUUCGUGGGAGGCCUCCGGAUACAACGCGCCUUCCUUUUUGGCGCGUCCCCCAGCUCGCUCACAACAAAAAGCCCCUCCCCUUCUCUCACUUUCUCUCCUUCUUCUUCCCUUCCUCAUCCUCUUCAACCUUCUUCACCACCAUCCAUCCUUGGAGACUUUCAUCAAAUCCGCUCGUUCAAAGCUUUAUCUUGACUGCCCACUGCUCGUUAAGUUUAUCUUCUCCCACAACAGCAUCAAGAUGAUGUCCAAGAUGAGCUCCAAGAUAAUUGUGUUGUUUGUCCUCUGGGCCCUUGUGGUCCUUGGACACGGUGACAAGCUUCCUCGCGAGGUUGAUGCCCUGAAGGGCUAUGUCACGAGCCUUGAGGCUCUUGAUGACAACUUGAACCUCCAUGAUGCGGAUGACGCGCCUUACGUUGCCAAGUUCAACCAGCUUUUCGCUCGCGCCGAAACUGUCACUACCACUGUGACCGUGGAAGUUUGCUCGUCCGCUCCUGGAACCACUGCGCAGACUAGCACCACCACUGCGACUAUUUCUGAAGUUACGACUUCUUCUGCGCCAGUGAUUCCGGUUCCGAUUCCUAUUCAGACGUCUUCCAUCUCUUCUGGUGGAUAUAGUUCCAGUGGAUAUGCACCGAUCCCUCCUUAUAGUUCUGUGGAGUCUACCUCGACAAGCACUACUUCGGAGCAGACAGCUUCUUCCAGUCCUGCAGCAUCCUCGGUCCCUGCUGCCACGACUUCUGUUGUGGCUUCUAGCGUGUCGGCCACCAAGACUUCGGCGUCCUCGACUUACACUCACGCGCCUUAUCCAUCUGGAACUGCAGUGAGCAACGGUGUUCCCAAUGGAGUGCCUAGUGCUAUUCUCGGAAUGGCCGUGGCAAUGAUUGCCCUCGUCACCCUGUAAGCAUCAUCUAAACAGGUGGACUGAGCUGUCUCGCUACUGUUUCUCCUAGCACUUCAUGUAGGGAGAAGGAUCUGUGAGUAGCUCGUUGGUCCAUUCUUAUCUAACGGUGCAUGAGGUAUGACUGGCUAUGUCUUAUGCUUUUAUUGAGACGAGGAUGUCGCCGGUCGAUUUGUAU